CCGCACCUCACGGACCGUUACCGGGAACUACACGGACGAUGAUCCUGGAGACACCGCCUCUAACGUCAUCCGUCGUACCACGUGACCAGUCUGUGUAGCCGGGAAAAGUGACCGACCGGGAACCAGGAAGAACGGAACUAGCGUCUUAUGGACGCGGUGACGGAGCCGGUUGCUCGCCCCGCCAGGAGCCGUAUUGACCGCCUAGAGGACCCGGACACGUUCAGCUACCAUGAAUUCUUCCACAAGUACAUGGUCGCCAACGCUCCGUGCCUCUUCUCCGCUGAGUUCACCCGGUCGUGGAGCAGCCGCCGCUCAUGGGUCACCGCCGAUAACAACCCCAACUGGGAUCAUCUGCUGCAGGUUUUUGGAGACGCCAUCGUUCCUGUGGCAAAUUGUGACGUGAAGGAAUACAACUCCAACCCUAAAGAGCUCCUCCCCCUCCGAGAAUACAUCGCCUACUGGAGAGACUAUAUCAAGAAUGGCCACCACUCUGCCGGGGGGUGCCUCUAUCUGAAGGACUGGCACAUGAGGAGGGAGUUCCCGGACCAGGACGUGUACGACACUCCAGUUUUCUUCUCAUCUGACUGGCUCAAUGAAUACUGGGACGCUGUGGGCGUGGAUGACUACCGCUUUGUCUACAUGGGCCCCGCCGGUUCCUGGACUCCCUUCCACGCGGACGUCUUCCGAUCCUACAGUUGGUCGGCGAAUAUCUGUGGGCGUAAAAAGUGGCUGCUGUUGCCGCCCGGCCAGGAAGAAGAUCUUCGUGAUUGCAGCGGACACCUUCCAUACGAUGUGACGGCGCUGUCCCUCCAGAACCGCUGCCCCCCACCCCUGGAGGUUAUCCAGGAAGCCGGAGAGGUCAUCUUUGUGCCCAGCGGCUGGCACCAUCAGGUCUACAAUCUGGAGGACACCAUCUCCAUCAACCAUAACUGGGUGAACGGGUGUAACGUGUCCGUCAUGUGGAGCUUCCUGCAGACGGAGCUGAGCGCCGCGCAGAGAGAGAUCAGCGAGUGGAAGGAGACGAUGGACGACUGGGAGCAUCACUGCCAGCUCAUCCUGAAAUCCUGCACUGGAAUCCAUUAUAAGGAGUUUUACACCUUUUUGAGGAUCAUCGCUGAGCACAGGAUUCAAGCCCUACAGGACGGACAUGAGACCCUGCAGGGCCCUAACGUGAUGGCUCCAGGGCCCCGACAUGUACAGUUUGAUCUCAGGAGGAUUGUAGAGACUUUGAUGUUAUUAAUGGACAAUAAAGACUUCCAGAAACUGGACACGGAAACGUUACGGCCCCGGCCCGAAGAUUUACUGCGCGAGCUGGAGCUUGUGAUCGGCGGGAUUGUAACCGGAUGAAGCUGUCAAUA